UAUUUCAUUUUACGAACAAUGAAGCAAGUUUCAGUUCUGCUGUUGCUGCUCUUUGUGGGGACUUGCUCGGCUUACACGUAUCAAAAUGUGGCCUUGCGUGGAAAAGCAACUCAGUCACACCGCUGGGAGGGAGCGCCUGGACGUGCUUUUGGGGCUGCUUCCAACGCCAUUGAUGGAAAUCGUGAAUCUUUUUACAGAGCUGGUUCAUGCACCCACACUGUUGAACAGACCAAUCCCUGGUGGAGGGUGGACCUGCUGGAGUCCUAUGUGGUCACUUCUGUCGUCAUCACCAACAGAAAAGACUGCUGUGCAGAAAGGAUCAAUGGGGCUGAGAUUCAUAUUGGAAACUCUUUACAAGACAAUGGUGCUGCAAACCCAGUGGUUGCUGUAAUUCCCAGUAUCCCAGCAGGCAGAUCUUACACAGUAACUGUUACAAAACAUGUGGAGGGACGUUAUGUGACUGUGGUUUUACCUGGUUCACGAAGGGUCCUCACACUCUGUGAAGUGGAAAUCUACGGAUACCGUGCUCCAACUGGAGAGAACCUGGCACUCCAAGGAAAAGCCACACAAUCAUCAAUGUAUUUAUUUAAAUUGGCAUAUAAUGCUGUAGAUGGGAAUCGUGCCAGCAACGUAGGACAGGCCUCCUGCACUCACACAAACAACGACUUCAGUCCCUGGUGGCGACUGGACCUGCAGAAAACCCACAAAGUGUUUUCUGUUAAGAUAACCAACAGAGAUACACAAGAACAACGACUCGAUGGAGCUGAGAUCCGCAUUGGAGAUUCUCUUGCAAACAAUGGCAACAACAAUCCUCGGUGUGCUGUGAUCACACGCAUCCCUGCAGGUUUUACCCAAACGUUCCAGUGUAACGGGAUGGACGGUCGCUAUGUUAACAUAGUCAUCCCUGGAAGAAAAGAGUUUCUGACCCUGUGUGAGGUGGAGGUGUAUGGCUCCGUAUUGGAUUAGAUCUGACGAGAUUCAAAAUGAGUUAUGAUGGCAAUUUACAUAGCCGGUAUUUA